AUGGCCCCGCCGAGACAGUGGUAUCGCAUCAAAUUUAUAGAUCAUCCUAGGCUUUGCAGACGAGCACCAGAGGCAUACGCCGGAAGGAAGCCCAAAGUCUGGUGCAGGAAAUGUCUGGAGAAGGCCUUAUGCGAGUUCAAAUUGUCCACUGACUUUGCUCUUGAACUAUGGGACAACGCCGAGAUUUGUAGCAAACUGAGAGAGGAGAAUCGUGGUUGGAUCGUAUGCAGCACAUGGAAAUGCCUGACGCACCUUAGGUAUUGCGAAUAUGAGCAGCCCGAUGAGACUCGCCAGCAGGCUGCCCAAGAGUUGAACAAGAUCAACGCGGCGCGCAGACAAAGAAACAAGCUCGCCCGACACUUGGAGCCCCGCCUCGCCCCACUCUCAACGUCACGCUUCACGCGACCCCCGAACCCACGCAUCUGGUCACCGCUGCCGCUGCCGCUGCAUCCCACCUCUUUCGCCGAGUCAGCAUCGGAGCUGGCGGUGACCAUUGCCGGAGCGAUGCCUGGACAGGCAAGAAGGGACGAGCUUUGGCAGGAGGCUGUUACGCUGCAGUCCUCCUCCUCUAUAACCCCGCUUGUGCCCGAUGAUUUUGCAGCUCCGCCUUUCGCCCCACUCGCAUCUCAGUUUCCUGUGCCUUUCAUCGCCACAUCCACGGCGUUCUUUGGGCCACAUGUCGCCGACCCAGGUAGCGAUAUCUGUGGAGCUAUGCCGCUCAUUGACAAUAUCUCGGCCGGCACUCACAGGAACGGGAUGCAGCAAGCAGCUCUCCAGCCUUCCCUUGUCCCCUAUAUGCCUCCCGAGCUCGUAUAUCCCAUACUCACGGCUCAGCACGAUAUGUCCUGGAUGAGCGGAAGAUACGUCGCGCCGGACUCAGAAGCUGCUUACGCAGGCGCUGCCCUUCGUCAUAUCACGCAUCUGUCAGGCGAGUACAGCAUCCCUCCCCAGCCGCCGCCGGCCUGUUCGCAACAACCUGUCGGUGGGGACACCAGCUCCUUCUGUGGCACACGAAUUCCCACAGAGGAACGUCUGCAAUACUAUGUACCUGUCGUUACACACAGGAUGCCGCUGUCGGCCCAGUGUUCUGUCGGGCAAGAUGGCAGCACGAAAGGAGAUGUCUACUGCCCUUCCCGUCUUCAGUACUACGACGAAUCUGGUACCGUGAGCCAAAGGUGUCCACUCGCGCCGGAACCCCUCCGCCCUCCGGUCUGGCCUCCUUGGUAG